GGGUGGGUUUGGGGGUGUCCUGACCCCGUUCCCCCCCCCGUUCCCAGACUACCACGGCGGCCGCUCCCCGCAGGAGAGAGCGUUCCCGGGGGGAAGCAGUUCAGCAUCAACAUGGACGCGCCGCCCCGCGCCGCCCUUCCGGCCCUCGCAAGGCUUCCUGAGCCGCCGCCUCAAGAGCUCCAUCAAGCGCACCAAGAGCCAGCCCAAGCUGGACCGCACCAGCAGCUUCCGGCAGAUCCUGCCGCGCUUCCGCAGCGCCGACCACGACAGGAGACCUGGACACACCUGGGGACACCAGGGCACACCUGGGGACACCACGGGGGCAUUUGGGGACAUGUGGGGGCACUGGACCAGCAGCUCCCACAGCGCCGAGCGUGACAGGGCCCGGCUGAUGCAGAGCUUUAAGGAGUCGCACUCGCACGAGUCGCUGCUGAGCCCCUCGAGCGCGGCCGAGGCGCUGGAGCUCAACCUGGACGAGGACUCCAUCAUCAAGGCCGUGCACAGCAGCAUCCUGGGCCAGGAGUUCUGCUUCGAGGUGACCACGGCGUCGGGCACCAAGUGCUUCGCCUGCCGGUCGGCGGCCGAGAGGGACAAAUGGAUCGAGAACCUGCAGCGCGCCGUGAAACCCAACAAGGACAACAGCCGCCGCGUGGACAACGUGCUGAAGCUGUGGGUGAUCGAGGCGCGCGACCUGCCGCCCAAGAAGCGCUACUACUGCGAGCUGUGCCUGGACGACAUGCUGUACGCACGCACCACCAGCAAGGCCCGCACCGACAACGUCUUCUGGGGCGAGCACUUCGAGUUCAACAACCUGCCCGCCGUGCGCACCAUCCGCCUGCACCUCUACAAGGACACCGACAAGAAGAGGAAGAAGGACAAGAGCAACUACGUGGGCAUGGUGAGCAUCCCCAUCGCCAGCGUCACCGGGCGGCACUUCGCCGAGCAGUGGUACCCCCUGAGCCAGCCCAGCGGCAGCAAGAGCAAGGCCGGGUGCCCGGCGCUGCGGGUCAAGAGCCGCUUCCAGACCAUGAGCAUCCUGCCCAUGGAGCUCUACAAGGAGUUCGCCGAGUACGUCACCAACAACUACCGCAUGCUCUGCGCCGUGCUGGAGCCCGUGCUCAGCGUCAAGAGCAAGGAGGAGGUGGCCUGCGCGCUGGUGCACAUCCUGCAGAGCACCGGCAAGGCCAAGGACUUCCUGUCGGACAUGGCCAUGACGGAGGUGGAUCGUUUCAUGGACCGGGAGCAUCUGAUCUUCCGGGAGAACACCUUGGCCACCAAAGCCAUCGAGGAGUAUCUGAAGCUCAUCGGCCAGAAAUACCUCAAGGAUGCCAUUGGCGAGUUCAUCCGUGCGCUCUACGAGUCGGAGGAGAACUGCGAGGUGGACCCCAUGAAGUGCUCGGCCUCCACCCUGGCCGACCACCAGGCCAACCUGCGCAUGUGCUGCGAGCUGGCGCUCUGCAAGGUGGUCAACUCCCACUGCGUGUUCCCGCGGGAGCUGAAGGAGGUGUUCGCCUCGUGGCGGCUGCGCUGCGCCGAGCGCGGGCGCGAGGACAUCGCCGACCGCCUGAUCAGCGCCUCGCUCUUCCUGCGCUUCCUGUGCCCCGCCGUGAUGUCCCCCAGCCUCUUUGGCCUCAUGCAGGAGUACCCCGACGAGCAGACGGCGCGGACGCUGACCCUCAUCGCCAAGGUCAUCCAGAACUUGGCCAACUUCACCAAGUUCGGGAGCAAGGAGGAGUACAUGGCGUUCAUGAACGAGUUCCUGGAGCUGGAGUGGGCCAGCAUGCAGCAGUUCCUGUACGAGAUCUCCAACCUGGACACGCUGACCAACAGCACCAGCUUCGAGGGCUACAUCGACCUGGGCCGCGAGCUGUCCACGCUGCACGCACUGCUCUGGGAGGUCAUGAGCCAGCUCAGCAAGGAGGCGCUGCUGAAGCUGGGCCCGCUGCCGCGGCUGCUGACGGACAUCAGCGUGGCGCUGCGCAACCCUCACCUGCAGCGCCAGCCCAGCCAGGGCGAGCGGCUGCCGCCCAAGGGGCUGGUGCUGCGCGGGCCCUCGGCCGACCUGCAGCCCUACCUCGUGCGCGACCUCAACAGCUCCGUGGAUCUCCAGUCCUACAUGGUCCGGGGGCUCAACAGCUCCAUGGACGUGCCGCGCCUGCCGUCGCCGCCGCAGGAGAAGGGUCCCCCCGAGGUGCUGGUGCUGAGCCGCCCGCCGCUCGCCCGCUCCUCGCCCGCCUACUGCACCAGCAGCUCGGACCUGACCGAGCCCGAGGGCGGCCGCGGCGGCGCGCUGGGGGUCGGCAAGAGCGUCUCCAUGCUGGACCUGCAGGACGGACGCGUGGACAGCAUCCCCAGCCUGCCGGCCGAGCUGCUGGCCGGGGGCGCGGCGCCGGGCGGCGCGGGCCAGGGCGGGCUGCGGCCCGGGCGGCUGUCGCAGGGCAGCGCCUCCAGCCUGGCCCCGCCGCGCCUGGGCGUGCCCGAGCCCGGCGGCCCGCAGCUGCGGGUGCCGCUCUCCUUCCAGAACCCGCUCUUCCACCUGGCCGCCGACGGGCCCCUGCGCGGCCCCGACGGCGGCGGAGGGGGCGGCGGGAGGGGCGAGGGGGGCGGCGGCGAGGGGGGGCACUUCGGGGGCGUCGCCCCGCCGCCGCUGCACGGCUACAGCAAGAGCGAGGAGCUGGCGACCCCUCCCCAAAAACACAUCACGCACAGCCACAGCUACAGCGACGAGUUCGGGCGGCCGGGCGGCGACUUCGGGCGCAGGCAGCUGUCGCUCCAGGACACGCUGGCCCCCCCCCAGAUCACCAUCGGGGCCCCCCCGCCGCCCACCCCGCGGGGGUCGCGGGCGGGGAAGGGGGGCGGGGGUCCCUCGGCGCUGGGGGUGCCCCAGAAGCCGCGCCCGGCCAGCGGGAACCUGCUGGCCUCGCCCGAGCCCGCCUACGGCCCGGCCCGCUCCCGCCAGCCCUCGCUGGCCAAGGAGGCCUCGGUGGCCAGCAUGAAACCGCCCAUCACCAAGCAGGCGUCGCAGACGCCGUCCACGCUGAACCCGGUGCUGCCGGCGUCGGAGCGCACGGUGGCCUGGGUGUCCAACAUGCCGCACCUGUCGGCCGACAUCGAGAGCGCGCACAUCGAGCGCGAGGAGUACAAGCUCAAGGAGUACUCCAAGUCCAUGGACGAGAGCCGGCUGGACCGGGUGAAGGAGUACGAGGAGGAGAUCCACUCGCUGAAGGAGCGGCUGCACAUGUCCAACCGCAAGCUGGAGGAGUACGAGCGGCGCCUGGUGACGCAGGAGGAGCAGACCAGCCGCAUCCUCCUGCAGUACCAGCAGCGCCUGGAGCUCAGCGAGAAGCGGCUCCGGCAGCAGCAGCAGGAGAAGGACUCGCAGAUCAAGAGCAUCAUCGGCAGCCUGGCCCCGCAGGCUGAUGCUGGUGGAGCAGGAGCUGCGCAGGGAUCACUUGGGCGCCCACGACCCGUCCGAGGGCCGGCGGCGGCUGCUCGACGCUCAGCUGUCCGUCAGGUAGCGCGGCCCGGCCCCGCCAGUGGCACCGGACCCUCGGCCACCGGUGACACCCCAGGAGAGGCAGCUUUCCGCCGUGGGUGCAGCAGACCCGGGUGUGAUCUGGGGGGCCGGGGGGGUCCCCGGGCGGCCCCCGCCUCCGCCCCCGCCACCCCCGAUCACGGCCAACGGCUGCGAGCGGCGCGGCCCCGCUGCUGAGCACUGACCCCCGCCCCGGGGGUCGCCGGGACCCCCCCCAAAACACCGCACCCGCACCCCCCCUUCAGUCCCCCCGACCCCCCCAGCCCUGGGGGAAAAGGGGGAAAGGGGAGGGCGGGGGGGGGGGAGCACCCGGAGACCCCCGGGGUGAGGAGGAGGAGGAGGAGGAGGAGGAGGAGGAGGCGAGGGGGGCUCGCGCUGGGGGGGGUCUCGCGCGAGGAAUUCGGGGGGAUUUGCGCGAGGAAUUUUGGGGGGUCCUCGUGCAAAGGGCUCCUCGCGCGGGGAAAGGGGGGGGGGGCGGGGGUCGGGCCAGCAUUCGGCCUUCCCCCGUGCGACAAUUUGGGGGUCCCCGUGUGAGGAUUCGGGGUACCCGUGUGAGGAUUUGGGGUCCCCGUGUGAGGAUUUGGGGGUCCCCGUGUGAGGAUUCGGGGUACCCGUGUGAGGAUUUGGGGUCCCCGUGUGAGGAUUUGGGGUCCCCGUGUGAGGAUUUGGGGGUCCCCGUGUGAGGAUUCGGGGUCCCCAUAUGAAGAUUCGGGGUCCCCGUAUGAAGAUUUGGGGUCCCCGUGUGAGGAUUUCGGGGUCCCCCUGCAAGGGCUCCUCGUGCCACCGUCUCUCCUCGUGUCACCAAGAGGAACUGGGGGUCCUGGUGCCAGAGCCCCUCGAGUGUCACCAGCUCCUCACCGAGGGCUCCGAGUGCCACCAGAGGAAUUUGGGGGGCUCCGAGUGCCACCCGGAGGGAUUUGGGGGGCUCCGAGUGGCACCGGGACCAGCCCAGCUCUCGUGCGAGGGUCACGAGUGCCACCAAGAGGAACAAGGGGGGGUCCUCGUGCAAGAGCCCCCCGAGUGCCACCAGCUCCUGGUGUCACCAAGAGCCCCCCGAGUGCCACCAGCUCCUGGAGUGCCACCAGCUCCUCGUGCCACCAAGAGCCCCUCCAGUGCCACCAGCUCCAAGUGUCACCGGGACCUCGUGCAGGAGAAAUUGGGGGGGUCCUCGUGCCAUCAAGAGCCCCCCAAGUGCCACCAGCUCCAAAUGCCACCAAGAGCCCCCCGAGUGCCACCAGGACCAGCUCAGCCCCGUGUGCGGGUCCCUGGUGUCACCAGGGUCUCUCUCUGUGUCACCUGCCGUCCUCGGGCACCCACCGGGACCCCCCUGAGCACCGAGACCCCCCGAAUGUCACCGUCCUCGUGCACCGGGACCCCCCUCAGGACCCCCCCUCAGGCAUCAGGACCCUCGAGUUCCCCCUCCCCCCUCCUCGUGCACUGGCACCACCGGAGCCCCCCCAAAAAAUCGGGACCACCGGACCCCCCCCCCCCCCGAGGAACGGGGACCCUCCCGCAGCGCACCGCGACCACCAGAGACCCCCCCCCCGCAUCAAUCACCGAGCACCGGGACCCCCCCUCGAGCAUUGACCCCCCCCAUUGUGCACCGGGACCACCGGAGAGCCCCCCGAAUCACCGAGCACCGGGACCCCCCCAUUGUGCACCGGGACCACCGGAGAGCCCCCCUCAUCAAUCACCGAGCACCGGGACCCCCCCGAAUCACCGAGCACCGGGACCCCCCCUCGGGCACCGGGACCACCGGAGAGCCCCCGAAUCACCGAGCACCGGGACCCCCCCCAUUGUGCACCGGGACCACCGGAGAGCCCCCCCGAAUCACCGGGACCCCCCGUGCACCGCCCCCCCCCUCGUGCACCAGCACCGGGACUGGACCCUCCUCGAGCACCGGGACCCCCCCGUGCAUUGACCCCCCCCUCACUGAGCACCGGGACUGGGACUGGACCCCCCCUCGAACACCGGGACCCCCCCGGGCACCGGGACCCCCCCGGGCAGCGCCACCCCCGUGCGCCGGGACUGGGACCGGACCCCCCCUCGUGUACCGACCCCCCCGAGCACCGGGCCCGGACCCCCCUUUGUGCCCCCCACCCAUCACGGGGGUUCUGCCCCCUCCCCUUUGACCCCCCCGGGAACAGCGCGGGGCUGGGGGGGGCUCCGAGAGCUGGGGGGGCACCGGGGGGUCCCCAGCACUGGGGGGGCUCCGUUCUGUGACCCCCCCGUUAUCAGCCCCCGUUAUCACCUGGGACCCCCCCCCAAUUUACCGGGACCCCCCCAUUCACUGCCUCCCCCCCUUCACCGACCCCCCAAAAGCGCUGGGACCCCCCCAGCCCAUGAGCCCCCCCCGCAGUGCGCCAGGACCCCCCACUCACCGCCCCUCCCCCACCCAUGGGACACCCCCCACCGCCCCCCCACUCACCAGGCCCCCCCGAUCCAUGGGACGCCCCCACACCCACCGGACCCCCCCACACUCACCACGCCCCCCCUCGGCACCCCCCGGGCCCCCCCCCAUUGAUUGAACCCCCCCCGAACGCCCCCCGCCCCUCCCCCUCGGCCCCCCCGGCCCGCGUUGGGCCCCGCCGGGGCCGGGCUGGCUCCACCCCCCGGGGCCCCCCCGCGCCCCCCCGGCCCCUCCGGGCCCCCCAGGACCCCCCGAGCCCCCCCGGCCCCUCCGGGCCCCCCAGGACCCCCCGAGCCCCCCCGGUGGGGCCGGGCUGGCUCCACCCCCCGGGGCCGCCGCUGCGCGGAGCCUUUCAAUAAACGCCGAUCGGUCUUGUA